AUGACUUCCACUCUGCUUGAGUCGGAAGCCGAGUUCUUGGCCAGAGCCCGAGAAAUCGGUAUGGAUGAUGGUUUCGUCAAGUCGCUUCAGGCCGCAGGGAUCAAAACCUUUGGAAAGCUGGCGUACAUCUGUGCUGUCAGCCCGCAGAGUGGCGAUGACACCCCUCUCAUUCAGGCGGUACAGAAGCUCUUGUCUCGUGACCUCACCCCGGGUGGCUUGAAGAUAUCGAAGAGACACUCCGACCUGGAAUGCGACGUUCGAGGAGAACUUCGGCUUCGGGAGGCCUUCACCCGACGGGCGCUGGCCUUCGACCAAAUUGGACUCAUGUCAUUUGUUGCCCAGGAGGCGUGGCACACCUACUUGUUUGACUCAGUGACUCGUGACCCUCCACCGGGUCACAAGUUCACCAGCAUUGCCCAGGCUCUGAACGCUGACCGCGAGCUGUGGCAGAUUCUUGCUCAGGAAAGUCGUGGCUCCAUUAAGGUCAUCGGGGGCGUCAAACCCCCCCUGGAUGUCUUCAUCGAGCGCCUGCAGACCCAUACUCGUGUCAAUGUUUGCUUGGCCAACCUUCCGCAGGCCACCGGUGGAGGCAAAGGCGACAAGGGCGAUCGCGGUGGCAAGGCCGAUGGCAAAGGUGACCGCGAAGGCAAAGGCCGUGGUGGUCGCGGCAAAGGUCGUGGCGACAAAGGCGGUCAGAAGCGCAAGUGGGAUGAUGCUCAGGUGGACCCCAAGCGUGCCGAGAUCCUGCAGUUGCUGAAGGAGAUGCCUAAGGACUGUGUCUCGCGCAUGCCCAAGACUCGCCAGUUCUUAUGCGUGUUGUUUCAGCACGGCAAGUGCCCUGAUCAGUCCAAAGCCCGAUGCGACCGCGGCUUGCACAAUUGCUGGCAUAAGGACUGCCUCAAGAAGGGAGUGCCGUACUGCGAGUGCCGUCACUCUUGA